AUGGAUGUGAUUUUAUUACAUUCCGAUAAAACAUUGGAUGUAUUAAAAUUUUCAUAUAUCGUCAAUUAUAGUUUAGGUCGUGACAAUAUUAAAGAUGAUGAUGAACGAGCAUUCAAUGGUCAACGUAUUAGUUUAACAUUGAGAACAGUGGCAACAUUUCGUCAUGUUUUAACAGGAAAAUCAUAUAGUCAAGAUGCAAAAUGUAAAACAUCAGAAGAAUUCGACCAAAAAAAACAAGAACAAAAUGAUGCUGAAAAAUUACUCCAUGCAUUUUCGGCAGAAAAUCAAGACCCUAAUUUUGAUUGGGAUAAAUGA